UAGCAUGUAAUUACUCAGACAGCAUGUUUUCAAGAAUGUCACGAUCAUGGCAGAAAAAAGAGGGAAGAUUUCUUGUCAAAUAUCAGAUUCUCGCAAAGGACCAAUACGUGCUAGUGGUCUUAUCCUUGGACGAUACAAAUAAGGAAUCUGAGGAGCAAAUGGGUAAUGGAUAUAAACAAAUCGAUCGUGUCGUCACUGUCGAUCUACCGCGGAAGACAUGUACCGCCCACAUUGAGUCCAUUGACGGGUCGGCAGAUAUCAAACCAUCCAAUGGAAAACCUAUUUUGCACAGCAAUCUGAGAAUGCAAGCGUGCGUUCUAUAUAUGGUGGCACUCAAGACGCCUUCUAGCGGUGAUCACUCAUUACAACUUCGUUUUCGAAGUGGCGACAAUGAUAUCCAUGUACAUCCUUUCCAUGUGACAUUGGAAGAGGAAACGUACACAGACUUAAGAAGGGCAAAGAGUAAGAUGAACUUGGCGAAAACUGACGACAUCGAAGAAGCUCUCGUGCUCAACCUGCAACUUCGACCAGAGCAAAAAUUUCCUGCAAAAUAUCAGAUUCUGACCCAAGGUCCACUUGUGGUAGUGGUUUAUACGGUACAAGACAUUGCACAAGCAUGUCAGGAGUUAACUGCUAGUGGAUAUAAGAUCAUUGAGAGCGGUGCACGGUCCGGGACGGAUAUUCAGUUGCCUCGAUUUUCGGAAUGUACCAGCAGUAUCGAGUCUUCUGAUUCAUCUGGGGAAGUCAGUCCACGGUUUGAAAUGCCUCUAGUGUACACCGACCUCAAAAACCAAACAGCCAUCCAGCAUCAAGUCACACUGCUGACCUCUUCUGGUGGUCGUCACUUGCUAAAAAUCUGUCUUAAACGUGAAGGCGAAAUUUUCCACUUGCGACCGUUUCAUGUUGAAUUAGGACCUGAUGAUUUGAAUGGCAAUGUAAACAUAGCUGCACAUGAUGGUCCAUCUACUUCAAAUGACACUGAACUAGGAAACAGGCAACCAUUGAAACAAGAGGAGAAAUUUCUGGUUAACUAUCAAAUCCUAACGAAAGGUUCAUGGGUGGUUGUGAUCUAUUCAUUGGGGGACACCACCAAUGCCUGUCGCCAGUUAAUUUCUGGUGGAUAUCAAUGCAUCGAGCAUGGUACUUCUAACCAUCAGGUUCGAUUCCGUCGGUGGUCACCAUGUACUAGUCGGAUUGAGUCAAUGGAUGGAUCAGUAAUAGUCAAACCUGCGGAGGGAAAAGAGCUUUCAUACGAUGACCUAAAAAAUCAGAAAAGUGUUCGUCAAUCUGUUGCAUUGCUAGCGCAAAGUAGUGGUACUCACUUAUUGCAACUUUGUAUUAGGAAUGUCAAUGAAAUACUCCAUUCAGCACCUUUCCAGGUGACAUUAGAGCAUGAAGAUUUGUAUGCAGGUCAAAAGUAUGCUGUGACUGCUGAAAAUAUCUAUGAUGACAUUGGUGUUGAAAAUGAAAAACCGAGAGAAAGUCAACCUGAAGGUCAAAAGUAUGCUGUGACUGCUGAAAAUAUCUAUGAUGACAUUGGUGUUGAAAAUGAAAAACCGAGAGAAAGUCAACCUAAAGGUCAAAAGUAUGCUGUGACUGCUGAAAAUAUCUAUGAUGACAUUGGUGUUGAAAAUGAAAAACCGAGAGAAAGUCAACCUAAAGUGACUGUGGGGGUUACACAAAGGCUUGAACAGCAACAAUCCAAGGUAAAGCCUGCCAGAAAAGCUCCACGUCCUACACCACGGACUGUAAUUCACGAUCUUCCACCUAUACCAUUCAGAGCUGAAAGCUUAGAAAAUUCUGACAAUGAAUGGGAUGAUGAUAGCUCAUAUGAAGACAUAGAUGGAGAAGGAACUGGUGAAAUGCAGACAGUGGACAGACCUCAAUUUCCAACUCCACUCUCGAGCCGUUUUGAACAGCAUGAUGCAAACAAGAAACCUGUGGUCGAUCACACAGAAAAAAAUGCCUUGAGAGAUUUUUCUGUUCGAAGAAUUCUGGAAAAACAUAAUGUUGACAACUAUUGGCCUUUGUUGGAAAAGUCUGGUAUUAAAAGUGCUGAAGAUCUUGCUCAGUUGGAUAAAAAGAAGCUUGAAGAGUUUGGCGUCAAAACAGUAGGUGACAGGAUCAGAAUUAUGAAUGCUGUGGAGAGUUGUAAAUCUCCUUCUUCAAGUUCCAACACAGUAAACGAAGAAAACUUUGCUGUCAAUGAGCUACUGGAAAAAGUUGGCAUGAUCAAUUUCAAUUCCUUGUUCGAGAAAGAAAGAAUAUCAUUGGAAUUACUGAACGUAAUGAAAGAUCAAGAUUUCAAGGAUGUUGGAAUCACACAGGAAAAUGAUAGAAAAGCCAUUAAGCAGGCACUGGAAGUAGUGCAAGGAUAUUGUGACUUGGAAAGACAUCAGUAUGAAGAUGUACUUAAAGAGAUUGAAUAGUAAUUUACAUUUUAGUGGAAUAAUAAGAUGUUUCGAAUAUUGAUAUUUUUUCGAUCCUAUAAUUGUGAUGUAUAAGCACACUAACCUUGGGCCAAUGAUCACCUUUUCAUGCCAUCAAAAUAAUUAUUAUUAAGCUAUAUUAAUUAUAUUAUAUUAUAUAUUAUAUUAUUAUUAAGCUAUAUCUUUUGUGAAUGACGUUUUGCUUCCUUAUACUAGAUCAUAGGUUCUCAAAGUGCUCCGUACGAAGCCCCAGGGCUCCGCGAGAGGAACCUAGGGGCUCCGUGAGCUAUUCGAUUACUCACAAAAUAUGAUCUUGGCUAUUCUGUAACUGUUCAAAGAAGCAAUACCACCAUUAAUAAAAUCUGACAACAGUAGCGUCGAAAUAUCGCAACGAGGCGUAAUUCAAAUAUUACAUUAUCUAUAAGUAGAAGCACAGCCAGGAUUUUUAAAAGAGAGAGGGGAGGGUUCAAAAUUGGAAUUAAAAAUUCCCUGGCAUGACUACUCGCUAUUAGGCCACUCGAUACAAAAAAAAAUUAUAAUUUAAUUGUGUUUCUCGUUACUUGCCUAUGAGUCGAGAUUACAAUUACGAUUAUCAAAAUGAGAAAUACUACUAUUCUAAAAUAAUAUAAAAUAAGUGCUAAACUGCCAACAAUAAAUAGAUUGGAAUCGUAUUUUUGCGAUCUUGGGAUUCAUCAAAUUUGAGUUGUUCUCUCGGCGGUGUUAAAAUCUCAAGGAGUACAAUUUACAAUUGCGCAAUCCCUGACCGAUGCCUGCAUGUUAAAAUGCCUUGUUUAUUGGCUUCAUUGUGUUCAACGUAACCUGUGGGUGCGUGGACAAUAAACGAGAAACAACAAAGUCAAGUGAACGAAAAAAACGAAGGAUUGAAAUGUAUUUUGUUCGCAAUAACAAAUUGAUUAAUAAUCUUCACAAUUACCCUAUAUAUUGUCACAUAUCGAAAAAAGUCGCAUUUUAACAAAAUGCAAUCGCGCAUGUUAAGAGCGACUUCCUCAGUCUUCCAAAAAUAUCAAAAGUGAGGUGGUUCGACCUCAUUUCGAGUUCAUUAAUGUGUUUGUCAAGUUUCAAUUUUACAGACCUAAUAUAUAUAAUUUAUCUGUGAAAUGCAGAUUAAAAAGUUUUAGCAUUUAAAUUGGGUAAAGUAAUUUUAACUUACUCGGGAAUAUUUAUCAGCAAAUGAUAUGUGUUUUUUUUCUUCGUUAUUUUCAAAAUUUAUUUGUGGGGCUCCGUGAAGAAUAGUCAACCUCUUCAAGGGCUCCGCAACAUCAAAAGUUUGAGAACCCCUGUACUAGAUGAUGUAAUAUAUGCAUUUAUUUCUCAUAUCCACCAAUGAUAGUCACUCUCAGUAAUUAUAAAAAUGUCAAAAUGACUGAAGAGUCGAAGACCCUUCUAUUUAUUACUGUUAUAUAUCUUGAUUUCAAUGAGCUUUCUCACGUCAGAAACUGACUUGCCUUCAAAUUUUGUUGUUUGUGUGAAGUUUUAUUUCCAGUGCCUAAAAUUCUCUCCCGUAUAUAUUUCUAAUGCUUUCUUGAUUUUCAUUAGGCAUUCUCAAGUAAUCCUGGCAAUCCAAGUGUGGUGCAGUGUGCGCAAUCAUAACAUGUUGUGGUAGUGGACAUGACAAUUUUUAUGUUUCUGACAUUCAACCGAAUUUAUGGUUGUAUUUUGAGGUUGAAAAUGAUAGAGUUCACAUGAGAAAAGUACAUUGUGAUAUUGUGGCCUGGAAAGUCAUACAUAUGACACUGUACUGUAUAGAAUAAUUUUCUGAAUUAUCUGAAUAUAUUUGAAUAUUAAAUUAUAAGAUUGCAAAAUUAUUUAGUGGAA